CCGUGUACUUGCUGCCAGGGUUUAUUAGGUCCUUGUCUGAGCUGAGAGAGCGAAGAAAGCAUGAGGAGCUCUACGCAGAGCAGGCGGGGACACUCACUGACUCAAAACUGAGUGACGAGCCAGCACAGUUUCCUCCAGCCGGCCCCACUCACCGUGUCUGUCAUACACCCAGACUCAUGAUUCAUCUCCUGGACUGCUCAAAAUCUCCGGCCACCCCAGAGCUGCUCUCCAUCACUCACGGCGGGGCUGGUCCAAGCAGCCCCCCACGCUCAGGGCUUCGGAGGAGAAGAUGGGAAAUCUCUACGUGGCUGUUGGGAUCCUUGUGCUCUGCGCUGCUGGCAGCUCGGGGAGUAAUAUCUGCACCACCCGUGGAGUGAACUCCUGCAAGCAAUGCCUGGCUGUGAGCCCCCUCUGCGCCUGGUGCUCUGCAGAGGUGUUGGCACAGUCAGCCCCUCGCUGUGACCUGCACGCCAACCUCCUGCAAAAUGGCUGCGGGCACGACUACAUCGAGUUCCCCACCAGCACUGUAACCAUCCUGGAGGACCGGCCCCUCAGCGACAAGGGCUCGGGGAGCUCCACCACCACCCAGAUGAGCCCCCAGAAAAUACAUCUGAACCUGCGGCCGGAUGACUCCCAGGUCUUUCGCGUCCAAGUGCGUCAAGUGGAAGACUACCCCGUGGAUAUUUACUACCUGAUGGACCUGUCCAACUCCAUGAAGGAUGAUCUGAGGAACAUCCAGAACCUGGGCACCAAGCUGGCCAGUGAGAUGCGCAAGCUCACCAGCAACCUACGCAUUGGCUUUGGGGCCUUUGUGGACAAGCCCAUUUCCCCCUACAUGUAUAUCUCUCCUCCACAAGCCAUCGCAAACCCUUGCUAUGAGAUCGGGGAAACCUGCCUUCCCAUGUUUGGCUACAAACAUGUCCUCUCGCUCACGGACGAGGUGACCCGUUUCAACGAGGAGGUGCAGAAGCAGAGUGUCUCACGGAACCGUGAUGCACCUGAGGGCGGCUUCGAUGCCAUCAUCCAGGCCACCGUGUGCGACGAGAAAAUUGGCUGGAGGAACGAUGCUUCCCACCUGCUCGUCUUCACCACGGACGCCAAGACCCACAUCGCGCUGGACGGCAGGCUGGCUGGCAUCGUGCAGCCCAAUGACGCCCAGUGCCACAUUGACAAGAAUAAUUUGUACUCAGCCUCUACCACGCUGGACUAUCCCUCCCUGGGCCUGAUGACUGAGAAACUCUCACAGAAGAACAUCAACUUGAUCUUUGCUGUGACAGAUACAGUCGUGGGCCUCUACCAGAACUACAGUGAGCUAAUCCCGGGCACAACUGUGGGCACCUUGUCCAGAGACUCCAGCAAUGUCCUGCAGCUCAUAGUGGACUCCUACGGGAAAAUCCGCUCCAAGGUGGAGCUGGAGGUACGAGACCUCCCUGAAGAGCUGUCCCUGGCCUUCAAUGCCACCUGCGUCAAUGAUGAGGUCAUCCCUGGGCUCAAGUCUUGCGUGGGGCUCAAGAUUGGGGACACGGUGAGCUUCAGCAUCGAGGCCAAGGUACGGGGGUGCCCACAGGAGCGGCAGAAAUCCUUCACCAUCAAACCUGUGGGCUUCAAGGACAGCCUGACGGUGCUGGUGAACUUCGACUGCGACUGCUCCUGCGAGAGCCAAGCCGAGGCCAACAGCUCGUCCUGCAGCCAAGGCAAUGGCACGCUGGAGUGCGGCGUGUGCCGCUGCUACCCCGGGCGCCUGGGCUCGCACUGCGAGUGCUCGGAGGAGGAGUACAACCCCUCGCAGCAGGACAACUGCAGCCCCCAGCCGGGCCAGCCCCUCUGCAGCCAGCGCGGCGAGUGCAUCUGCGGGCAGUGCGUGUGCCACAGCAGCGACUUCGGGAAGGUGACGGGCAAGUACUGUGAAUGCGACGACUUCUCCUGCGUCCGCUUCAAGGGCCAGAUGUGCUCAGGCCACGGGCAGUGCAGCUGUGGGGACUGUCUGUGCGACUCAGACUGGACCGGUGACUACUGCAACUGCACCACCCGCACCGACACGUGCAUGUCCAGCAACGGGCUGGUGUGCAGCGGCCAUGGCUCCUGCGUCUGCGGCAAGUGCGACUGCACCCAGCCCGGCUCCUACGGCGACACCUGCGAGAAGUGUCCCACGUGCCCGGACGCCUGCACCAUCAAAAAGGAGUGCGUGGAGUGCAAGAAGUUUGAGCGGGGAGCGCUGCUGAAGCAGCAGUCCUGCAGCCGCAUGUGCCGCGAUGAGAUCGAGACGGUGCAGGAACUGAGUGACAGGGGCAAGGAUGCCGUGAACUGCACCUACAAGGACGAGGACGACUGCGUGGUGCGGUUCCAGUACUACGAGGACUCCAGCGGCAAGUCCAUCCUCUACGUUAUCGAGGAGCCAGACUGCCCAAAAGGGCCAGACGUCCUGGUGGUCCUGCUCUCUGUGAUGGGUGCCAUCCUGCUCAUCGGCCUCGCUGCCCUGCUCAUCUGGAAGCUCCUCAUCACCAUCCACGACCGCCGGGAGUUUGCCCGCUUCGAGGAGGAGAAGGCCAGGGCCAAGUGGGACACGGGCAACAACCCUUUAUACAAAGAGGCUACUUCUACCUUCACCAACAUCACAUACCGUGGGAACAUGUAAGGAUGCCACAUCCAGCGCUGGCUGUGGGAUCAGCCAAGGAUCCAUAGGAUCUUCUGAAGUCCGGUUUACAGAAGAGCUUGUGUGUGUCUGCGUGUGUGAGUGUGUCUGUGUGUAAUUUAACAAUCCCUUGACUGCCUCCGAGGCCCUGUUGCCCGUCACCCCACUGUCACUGCAGGGAUGUGCUUUCUACAGCAAACCUCUCAUCCUUACCUCGGCGGGUCGCCUCGCAGGAGCUGGCGGCCCCUCCAUACACUGAACGCAGAGAAAUGGGACUUUCUCUGCCUGGCAAGUCUGUGAACUGUUAGGUGCUCAUCAGGCCAAGAGGAUUUUGGGAGCGGCUGCUCGAACUAAAGGCUGAGCUGUGCUCUCCUCCAUGGCCCGUACUCGUGAAGCUCUGCCUGCUCGGAGCGUCCCCUCGUGCACUGGACAGAUGCAGUUCCCCUGGGUACAGGAGCAGUCUCCGGGGGGAGACUGCCCGCAGGCAGGAGCCAUUGCAUAGCUUUGUGGGUUGAGGACACCACUUGAGCAACCCAGCAGCCCCGUACUUCUUCCAGCCACAUGUUUCUGGCGCUGCUGUGGCCUGGGACGGUAUCACAGGGCCCUUCCUCAUCUCCAUCAUGUGCACUCAGUUUGCACCACUGACCAACUCUAUGUAGCAUCAGCUGUGCUGGUCCCAGCCACAGCCCAGCUCAGCUGCUCCCUAUGUCCCCCUCCACUGUCUCCGUGCCCCAAAGCACAUGGAUGUGCAGGCAGCAGCCUGGGGUGUGUUAUGAAAAUGUCUUCACUGAGGGAGUGGUCAGGCAUUGGAAGAGGCUGCCCAGAGAGGUGGUGGAGUCACCAUCCCUGGGGCUAUUUAAAAGACAUGUAGACGUGGCACUUCAGGACAUGGUAUAGGAGACAUGGUACUGUUGGGUUGAUGGUUGGACUUCAGGAGCCUGGAGGUCUUUUCCAACCUUAAUGAUUCUAUGAUGCCCAUUAUCCUUUGAGCCUGGCCACCUCUCUCCCUUUCCUAUGCUUUUUGGACUGCGUAACUGCACCACGCUUGGUUUUCUGUGUAGUUCAGGGUUCCAGAAGAGCAGGCGUGGUUCGGGCUACAUCCUGCUGCCUGAGGCUGUCUAUCACCUGUGAGAAAACAAAAAAAAUGUCCUGGUGGCAGAGUUGGGCUGUAACAGCGCUGCUGCCUGGUCCAUGCCCCAGCCAGAGCCUGGUGCCUCUGUUCCCCUCGAUUGCACCAAAAAGCAACAGUGACCGUGUGCUCUGUGUGGAGCUGCCCCCCAAGGCCCCAGCAGCAUGCUGGCCCAGCUGGUGGCAGUUGUGUGCCCCCUGUUCCCUGGCUGGCCUGUCCCCAGCAGUGUGGGAGCAGGGGUUGGCUGCAGGCAGCAGUCGCUGAUGCUGGGGUGGGAGCUGGGGCUGAGCCCUGGAGCGGCGGGUGGAUGGGCAGCACCCAAGCAGCAGUGAUUCAUGCCACAGAAAUAAAAACAAAUAAAAUUUUAAAAA